AUGAAGAGAGAAGUGGCUGAGUCUGUAUCUAAAUGUCUAAUGUGCCAGAAAGUGAAGAUAGACCAUAAAAGACCUAUGGGAAAGGUACAACCAUUAGAAAUACCAGGUUGGAAGUGGGAUUCCAUAUCCAUGGACUUUGUGACAGGCUUACCAAAGACUCGUACUGGGAAUGACACGAUUAUGGUGAUUGUAGACAGACUUACUAAGUCAGCGAUGUUCAUUCCUAUAAAAGAAACCUGGAAAAAGAAGCAGCUAGCAAGCGUCUAUGUGAAGAAUAUAGUUCGGUUGCACGGAGUUCCCAAGGACAUAGUGUCAGAUAGAGAAUCGAGUGAACGGGUUACUUUGGGUACAGAUUUCAUUGAGGAUAUGGUGGGCAAGGUGAAACUAAUCCAGUCGCGUAUCAAGGCAGCACAAGAUAGACAGAAGAGUUAUGCUGACUUGAAGAUGAGAGAUGAUGAGUUUAAUGUUGGGGACAAAGUAUUUCUAAAGGUUUCUCCAACAAAAGGGAAAGUGGCUUACAAAUUGGCUUUGCCAAUGGAGUUCGAGAAAAUGCAUGAUGUAUUCCACAUUUCCCAACUGAAAAAGUAUGUGCCUAGUGAAACCCAUGUUUUGCAGCCGGAGGCUAUUCAACUAGAUGAGUCUCUAACUUAUGAAGAAAGACUAAUCAAGAGACUAGACCACAAGGUGCGUAGUACUAGAAACAAAGAUGUGAAGAUAGUGAAAGUCCUUUGGUCAAACCAGGAGUACGAAGAGGCUACUUGGGAGGCCGAGGAAGAGAUGAAAAACAAAUAUCCCGAGUUUGUUUGA